ACUGAGUAGCCCUUAUGACCAACAUGAGCUGGAGCUUUCUAACCCGCCUGCUAGAAGAGAUUCACAAUCACUCCACCUUCGUGGGGAAGGUCUGGCUCACUGUGCUCAUCGUCUUCCGCAUCGUCUUGACAGCGGUGGGCGGGGAGUCCAUCUACUCCGAUGAGCAGAGCAAGUUCACCUGUAACACCAAGCAGCCCGGCUGCGACAACGUCUGUUACGAUGCCUUCGCGCCGCUGUCGCAUGUCAGGUUCUGGGUCUUCCAGAUCAUCAUGAUAUCUACCCCUUCGGUCAUGUACCUGGGCUACGCCAUCCACAGGAUCGCCCGCUCGGCGGAGGAGGAGAAGAAGUUCAAGGGCUUCAAGAAGAAGAAGCAGUUUGCGUUGAACUGGCAGGCAGUGCGCAACAUGGAGGACCCGAUGGAGGCCGACGAAGAGGAGCCCAUGAUCUCUGACGACGCAGCAGAACACGAGAAAGCCAAAGCCAAGCCCAAGAGCAAAGAGCCGCAAAAGCACGACGGGAGGAGGCGCAUCCAGCAAGAAGGACUGAUGAAAAUCUAUGUCUUCCAGCUACUCACAAGAGCUUCCUUUGAAGUUUGCUUCCUGAUAGGGCAGUAUUUGCUCUACGGUUUUGAGGUAGAAGCCUAUUACGUGUGCAACAGAGUCCCUUGCCCUCACACCGUGGACUGCUUUGUGUCCCGGCCGACAGAGAAGACCAUCUUUCUUCUCGUGAUGUACGUCGUGAGCUGCCUGUGCUUACUGCUGAAUAUGUGCGAGAUGUUUCACCUGGGCUUUGGAACCAUCCGAGACGCCAUUCGCAGCCGGAAAAUCAACAGCUUUAGGCAGCCUCCCUACAACUACGCCUACCCAAAGAACAUCUCCUGCCCUCCUGAGUACAACCUGGUCGUGAAAUCGGAAAAGUCCACCAAGAUCCCCAAUAGCCUGAUGGCUCACGAGCAGAACUUGGCUAACGUCGCUCAGGAGCAGCAGUGCACCAGCCCGGACGAGAACCUCCCGGCAGAUUUGUCGACCCUUCACAAACACUUGCGAGUGGCUCAGGAGCAGUUAGACAUAGCAUUUCAGAGCUACAGCAGCACCCAGGGCAACACGCAACCUUCUCGAACCAGCAGUCCGGCCUCGGGUGGCACGGUGGUAGAGCAGAACAGGGCCAACACCGCCCAGGAGAAACAAGGUGCUAAACCCAAAGCCUGCUUGGAGAAAGGGAGCUCAAGCAGUAAAGACGGAAAGACAUCUGUAUGGAUAUAG